AAUCCCUCUCUCUCGCUGCCUUUAUGCCCUUUUGUUUUCAGUCUCUAAGCGCCGAGCUGCUGCUCUUGUCGCCGCUGCGCUCCUCUUCCCCGUUCGGGAGGAGGAUCUCUCAUUCCGGAACCUUUUUUUAAAUUCGUUAGAUCAUUUGUUUAUUUCGACUUCUUACUCCAUUUCUCUUUGGAUAUUCCCUGACUGCAAGUAUCGUACCUUCCCUUUUUCAGCUGAGCACCGUCACCUGCGAAAUAGUGAGCGGCUCUACAUUCCUGGAGACAACAAAAGCGAGAGAUGCCGCCACCGUGUCAGCCCAGAUUAAAGAUGGCCACUCAUGGAUGUUGGAUGCGAUUGCUGUUAGUCCUGGCACCAGUUCUUGUUGCCGGUAAUACAGGAGGAGUGAAACUGGUCAACAUGAAAAGAGUGACACACCAGACGGUGCAUGCAGGCCUUGCAGAGACCACUUUCCUUCCAUGCAUCUUCACUUUGAGGCCAAGCCCCUCACGAGAGCCACCGCGCAUCAAGUGGACCAAGAUAGUUUCACAAGGAGGGGUCAAAAAGGAGAUCUCUGUGCUCGUGGCCAAGGAUAAUGUCAUCAAAGUCAAAAAGGACUUCCAGGAGCGAGUCACUCUGCCCGGCUACCCAGAUAACCGAUACAACGCCACCAUGGCCCUCACUAACCUGCACACCUCAGACAGCGGAAUCUACCGCUGCGAAGUGGUGGUGGGUAUUGAUGACGAGGAAGAUACGGUGCCCUUGGAGGUUGAAGGUGUGGUGUUCCAUUAUCGCUCUCCCAGUGAUCGGUAUGCCCUCACCUUUGAGGACGCCCAGCGGGUGUGUCUAGAGAACUCGGCCAUCAUUGCCACAGUCGAGCAGCUGCAGGCCGCCUUUGAUGAUGGUUACGACAACUGUGAUGCUGGCUGGUUGUCUGACCAUACGGUCAGAUAUCCAAUCAGAUCACCCAGGCCUGGUUGCUAUGGAGACAGAGAGGCCCUACCUGGCGUGAGAAAUUAUGGGCCAAGGGACCCCAAGGAGCUCUAUGAUGUGUACUGUUAUGCCAGACAGCAGAGUGGUGACGUCUUUCACACUACCACGCCCCAGAAGUUGAGUCUUGCCACAGCAUCCACACAUUGCCACUCCUUGGGUGCCCACCUGGCCACCGUUGGGCAGCUCUACCUAGCAUGGCAGAAUGGGUUUGACCGCUGUGAUCCAGGCUGGCUGGCCGAUGGCAGUGUGAGGUACCCCAUCACACAGCCACGGAGAAACUGUGGUGGGGACACUCCUGGAGUGCGAACAGUCUACCAGCAUGCAAACCGGACAGGCUUCCCAGACACUACGUUGUUGUUUGAUGCCUACUGCUACAGAGGCGCUCCUCGUCGAGCAGUGGCUUCGGCAGCAGGUCUGCAACUGUCAAAAAAUUCUGGCAACUCAAGUUCUGCCAAUUUGGACCAAAAGUGGACUGGAUCCACUGAGGAUCAGACAUGGCAAGCGUUUUCUUUAGAACAAGAAGUCCAGACGGGUUCCUCUUUGCAGAAUGACUUGGGUGCUUCUUCUGCACAAAGGAGUGCAAUUCUAGAGGAGCAGAUGAACGCCAUUGGGUCGAAUGACUCUUCAGAGAUAUCUGCCGAGCACGUUACCUUUCAUCUGCGGCCAGGGCUGGUCAAACUAGAUGAGGAUGAGCAGCUCAGUCUGGCAUCUCAGAGUUCCCUGCAAUCAGAAAAGCUGCCAGAAGGUCAACAGGAAUUUCCAGUAGGCGGGCAGGGUAUCCUCCCCUUGGAAAGGCAACCAGAGCCUCAAGCAGAUGAAUCUGUCAAUCUGCUGUCCACUCUGGUCAGUGAAGCAGAGCAGAAAGAUCACUGGGAUGAAGGCCACCGACAGCAAAGGGGCUUUAUGGGUGAUCUCUCAGGGCAUCCCACAAAGGAUCAGGGGUCACUGGAAUUUGGGCAAAAAGUAGAAACCGUAAAUCAACUGCCAUCUAGUGCUGAGAUAACCAAUACCCAUGCCCCUCUCAAUAUGGGGGCCUUGCCUGCCACUUCAACAAAGUAUGAGGCAGCCGUGCCAACCUCCAUAGCAUCAGGUGCUGCAAAAAGACACUCCACCUCAAGUGCUGAAACUGAAGACCCCACCCAUGAACCAGAUAUUAGGAGUGAACAACAGCCCCUGGAAUCCAACUACUUGAUGGAGAUUCUAGAAGGUUCCAACAAUCAAGCUCACGCAGACAACGAGGCAGAUGGGUUCGAGAGAAGGGCUAGAAAGGGCACACCUGAGCACCCACCAGGUCCUCCAUCAAGCCUGGCCACUCCCAAGUUUAAAGACCGAUGGUCACCACUAGAGGGCACUUCAGGGUUCUCAGAACACAGAAGUGGAGGGGCAGCAGGUUCACCACCACCCACUCCUGCUCCCGAGACUGGUGAUGAGACGUGGGCUUCCGAGCCGGUGGCUGCCAAUAUAAGGGCUCUCCCACCUUUGCAUGUGUCCACCAAAACACAGACACCCUUGGAAACACCCAGCAGCCCACCAGAGAGCAUCGCUACUUGGACACGCUUGCCCACCCUGACUCCCCUGGCUGAUCUCACUGCAGAAACUUCAGGAGAUGACCUGCCAACUUUCAAGGAAAUCCUGACACUUGAAUAUCACGUCAAAGGCAGAGAAGUGAGAAGGCUGAGUCAGGAGGAGACAGCAGAAAACUUCUCCGGGGAAGGCAAAGAAGAGGAGGAAAGCCACCUGGGUGCCCCAGAGUGGACCUCCACCCAGGCUGUUCCUCAGCACUCUGAAUUGCCAAGACUGGCACAACUUUUCAGUGAAACAGAAGGCAGUGGCAGCAGAGAGGAAGCUGGGCAUCUGGUCAGGCAGGAAGCAUUGAACUCAACUCAAGGUCCACCAGCUGCUCCCAUGAAGGAAGACACCUCGCUAGAAGUCUAUUCAGCUGUAGAGUCCACCUCAAAGGGAGUGGACAUUGUCAAGGAGGCUAUGGGGACAAAGGAGCCCCUUAGUGUCUCCACACAGCUAGCCAGUAUUGAAGCCCACCAGGAGGAACCAGAAUUGACCAGAGAUUUGGGUGAAGUUUCAAAACAGCCAGUCAUCACAAUAUCCCAAGAUGACUCUGUGGUGACAGAAGAAGCCUCACCACCAAUAGACAAUAUAAUAGUCCACCAAGAGGACCCUGGGGCAACAGUGGAGCCGGGUGACAUCUUAUCACAGCCAGCUACAGUUGAAACUAAUCUAGAGCUCCACAGGGUGACUGGACAGCCGGGUGGAGUCUCAUCACAGUUGACCACUGUAGUGGCGCAUCCAGAGAACCCAGGGGUGACUAGUGAGCCAGAUGAAGUCUUCACACAUCUCAUUGUUAAGGAAGCCAAGCCAGAAGAGGCUUGGGUGACUGGUGAACCUCAUAAAGAUACAAGUCAGCACAUCAACAUCAAGGCCAACCAAGAAGACACGCCAGUGACAGAGGAGUCCCUCGUAAUUGGAGCUAAUCAAGAAAAGGAUGGGAUGACAGGGGAACCAAUAAAUUUGAGAGAAGAUGAUCAUAAAGUAACAGAGGAGCCUCCCAAUUAUUGGACACAUCUGGCCAUCACUGUAGGCAAACAAGAAGAGACUGAGACGGAGAAGCCUGUAACUGUUGCAACUCACCAGGCCAUCACUAAUGCCAUCCAGGCAAACACUUUGGUAACAGAUGAUUCCCUCCAAGGAUGGACAAACCAUGAGAAAGACAUUGUGACAGAAAAACCAGACAAAGUGUUUACUCAUCCAAUCACAAUUGAAGCCCACCCAGAUGACCCUUUGGUGACAGAAGAGUCCAACAAGGAGCUGGUACUGCCAUUCACCAUAGUUGGCAAGACAGCUCCUGGAGGCACUGAAGUGACCUCAGUGACUGUCACUGAGAAUCCACAAGAUGUCGCAGAGGUCAGAGGAGCUGUUGACUAUGUCCCACACCAAACAGAUGCGCUGCCUUCUUUGGGAAUAGACCUGACCAUUAUUUCCACCACAACUCUCUACGGGGAGGACAUGAAUGUCACGCCUGCAUCUACUGCCCAUUUGGCCACUUCGAUGGAAAACUCAUCAUCUGAAACUGAGCACACUCUCUAUGUGGUGUCUCCAUCUACAGUUGUCCCUGAAUCCAAAGAGAUGUUGAACAUUGACCAGGAUAGCAUGGAACAUAUAGAGCUUUCAAAAGUGCAACUGCAAGAAGAUGUGUCUGAACAUCCUGGGCUACAGCAGACUGAACAGUCAAUGAGGAACGAAUCCUACCAAGAGGAGCACUCCAGAGAUCAAGAGGUCAGACACUCGGGUGAGUCGGAGAUGCACUCCCCCGAAACACUGGAUGAAUCAGAACAGCUGAUCCAGCUGCCCAUGGCGUCCCCCUCUACACCACCACUUUCUCCCGUGAACGCCUCAAUGGAACACACCAAUGUCACAGUGGGUAACCAGCCACCAGCAGAAGGCAUAGAGGAGUCAGGAGGGAGUGCAGCUGGCGAGGAGACAGGAGCUGGAGCUGAGCCAGCUACGGUUGAACCCUGUGGGACAAACCCAUGUCUUCAUGGAGGUACUUGCCUGUCAAAUGGAACCCUAUCCAGCUGUGAGUGUCAGCCAGGUUAUUCUGGAGAGAACUGUGAAAUUGCAUCCCUUUGCGGCACCCACAGUACCCAGCAGGGCUGUGGUAUUAAACUACAUGUCCUAUAUUGCCAUGAACAGGAGGAUAAGAAAAAACAAGACAGUGUGCUUUGCGGGUCACCCCCUUCUGUGGACAACGCCUUUCUGAUUGGCCGUAAGAGGGCUCACUAUGACAUCCACUCCACCGUGCGGUACCAGUGUGCCGAUGGUUUCCUGCAACGCCACGUUCCCACCGUCAAGUGCCGCAGCAAUGGAAAAUGGGACCGGCCAAAAAUCAUCUGCAGCAAAUCGAGGAGAGCUCAUCGGUCCAGACGUCACCACCACAAGGCCAGAAGGGAGUGGAGGAAGCACCGGAAGCACAUGGACGAGGGCCGCUGGAGGGAAGACAACAGAAAUUAUUUCUGAAAAGCAUAAAGAUAUUUAACACGAUCAAAACUCAGAAGACAGAAGAAAACAAGGAGAAAGUGAGCCUGUGGUCUUGUCUUAUGACGCUCCCAGUGCAUGCUGGGAGAAGUGGUUUUUCAGUUGGGAGGCUAGGAGAUUGCUGCCGGGCUUCAAGGAGACACACACGCACACACCGGUCUUUGACUCUCAGACCACAGUUCCUACAAAACUUAGCCUUGAAAUUGUAGGCUGCUUUCUGAUUGGUUGGUUGGUUGUUUGAUUGAUUGGUUUAUUCAUUGGUUUGCUUAUUGAUUUAAUUUUAUUCUGACUAGGUUUCAUUCUCUUCUCACUUUAUCGUCUGACCCGCACUCAAAGGUGUCACAGUUACGUCCAGCAGCUGGACACGUGAUCCGGACCUGGUUUCAAUUUCCCAGACUUUGCUGAUACGAUUCUUCACUUUUUCUCCAAAUGCCCCCUUUCUCGUUGCUCUGGCCAGGACUUCUUGCUGUCUUAGGCCCCAGUUGUACUUUUGAGUCCAGCCUUCAGCUUUGGGUUCAUCAAAGUCAUUCUUCUUAGAUUAGUGCCCGUCAAGAUGAGGAAAAUCAGUGGAAAAGCUUGGGGAGUCCUGGGGUCCUGGUCAAGGAUUGGGGAGAAAGAGAACGGUGGGGGUAAGGAUGGUAGAGGUAAUGCUGGACUGUUUUGGGGCCACGCUCUUGAAGGUGCACUUCAGUGGUCAAAUUCCUGGCUCACUUCUUAAUGCUCACCUUGCUAUAAGCUCAACCACUCCACGCUAUUUGGGAUUCUUCUGUCACCUGUUCACUCUGGCGGCUCAAGGGCACAUUGAAAAAUAAGACCUAACACCCAGGUGGCCAACCAUAUACUGCAUGAAGAGCCCCAGGCACUUCUUCUCUGUCAUUACCAAGCAUUAGACAGACCAUUGCAGGACAAGCACGGCCGCUGUGAUGUGAAAGUGUGUGCCUGUCCUCCAUGCCAACUGAUGCCAGCGUUCACUGUGCCCUGUACAGU